AUGUCGUCUCCUUGGAAGAAGCAGCCAGAGGAUGUCGUCGACACCGUCCUCAAGCGUGCAGAAGUCAGCAAGAUUGCUCGACGGUUGCAAAAUCGUCUCGCCCUCGCACAGUUCAAGACGAAGCACGGUUGGGAGGAUCUCACACUCGACUGCAUCGAGCCGAAACUGGAAGAGGAGAUGAAACGGAAGCGGCUGUGCGACGGCGAUGUUCUCUCCGAUUCCUCCUCGUCCGCCUCGGACCUGCCAUAUCCGACGAGGACGCUGAUGAGCUCGCCGCUCAAGGCACCACUCUUCUCCGACGCCAUCGGCUCCAGCAACGGCAGCUCCGGCCACAGGAAACGCACGUACAACAUUGCCUCUUUCGACGACGCCGCCUCGAGCCCGAACAAGCCGCUGGUCACGUCGCCGACGGCGCACAAAUCCUUCUCGGGCCAUGCGGCGUGGAGGGACAACCACCAGCUGGCGCAAUCCUCGCCCAUCAAGCCUCGCAGGCUGCCGCACUUCACGACGUCGGCCGGCCCCGACGUGUCAUUUUGCCAACAGUGGCGGAUGACCAACGACCUCAGGCUGCCCAAGUUUGACGACCCGUCCGACGACGACGACGACCUGCCGGCACACGCAAGCCGUGCGAACAACCCACGCUCUUCGCCGCCUCGUACGCCGCCGAUGAAAACGCGGAGUCUCGGCCCCAAACGGAGCAAGGAAAACUUGAGCACAGCCAGCAAGGGCAAGUCGGGUGAAGAAGGAGCCGACUUGCUGCUCUAUCUGGCAGCCUCGCCAUCGCCGGCCGUGAAGAGCAAUCGAGGCAUGAUGGAACGCGUGUCGACGCCGCCUCCCAAGAACGGCAAGCUAGAUCUCCCCUCCUCGAUGAUGACGACGCCCGGCGGAGGCACCAUGUUCCCCAACACACCUGGGCAAGGCUUCGACUUUGCCGAUUUCGUCAACAUCACACCGAGCCCGGCGCAAAAACAAUGGAGGACACCAGGCGCCGUGCCGAGCCGAACCCCUCUGAGCGUUGCCCGAAGACGACUUACCUUUGAAGACCAACCUUUUGCGUCAUGA